UCCCAUUCCCCAUUGUCCUCUCUCUCCGCCCGGGUGGGAUCAGAUUUGAAGAACUGGCCAAGCCCUAGAUGCGAUCCUCACCGCCGGAACCCUAGAUCCUCCUCCCAAACCCGAGCUCCCAAUAUCGAGCUCGCGAUGGAUAAUCCAUGGCGAUUUCGGCCGAUCCAAGGCCACCUCUGCCCCGUCUGCUCAACCUUUCACUUCCCCUUCUGCCCGCCGCCUCCCGCGUUCGAUCACAACCGGUAUGCUGGUGAGCACCUCCGCCGCUUCCCUCCCGAGAUCCAUCCGCCCUUACUCCACGACCCCCCGUUCCCUCGGCCUGUCUAUGACACGCCGUUCCGGAACCCGCGGGCGGCUCCACCGAUGCCGUUACCGGAGCCGGCUCCAAGAGGCCCAGAGCCUUGGGUCCGGAAUCUCGCCUUGGAGAGGGAGCACACCCUUCGUCCUGCUUUCCAUCCAUCGCGGCUCUUCGUUGAAGAAGAGUUCUUGGAAAGAGAGAACACCCGGAAGAGGAUGCGAGUAGAAGAUCUUGCGACGGGUAAUCUUCCUCCUCCUCCGCAUCACUACAAUCGGUACGAUUAUGCCCCUGGCAGGAUCUCAGCGGAUGAUGAGCGGAGAUUGAAUCUAAUUCGAGAUCACGGAUGGCAACAUUCUACGGAAGGGCCGCAGCAAUUGAAGGGCGAAUACAGAACGGAUAGGUUUGGUCCCGAUGGCAUGCAGAAACAGUACCAGAGUGUUGGAGCCGAUCACGGUUUUCAUGCCCUAGGGACUGGCUCCGUGGGUAGUAAUGGUCCGCUGUUGCCCCAAGAACAUGUUUUUAGUCAGCAAAAUCACCGUCUACCAAAUGCAAACGAGGACUAUCAGAAUUUCUUGGGAGCUGUGAAUCCUCGGAGCAGCGACCGGUUUGUACCUCCUGAAAGGGUGGAUUUUGAACGAGGUGGGGCUUAUAACCCUCAAUCUGGAGAAUACGUGGGUGCAAGAAACAUUCACCCCGAUGCUUCUUUUCAGCCACCCCGAAGUCACCGACACGGUGAUUUUGGAGUGGAUUCGGACAAUCAUGUAGCUCAUGUUGCAGACGAACGACGAGCCUUUUAUGAAUCUCGGCAGCCACCUGAUUAUGCAUCAGAAGGUCCGCCUGGGAAAUAUUAUGGUAAUGAUCACCAACAGUUCCAUCCAAUCGAGAAAUCCUUUCAUGGAUUUCCAAAGCAUCCUCAGUAUUCUGAAACAGCCCGCGGCCGGUAUGCUGAUGUGAUGCAAACCCCUUCUGAACUUAAGCCUCCAGUUCCUGAGGAUGUUUACAAGCCAUUUGGACAUGAAACUUUUACCUCAGUGGAACAAGCUGGUCCGCUUGGUGGCAACCAAGGAAGCUAUCCGCCCUUGCCAGGUAAAAGUAACAGGGGUAGCAUGACUGCAGAAAUGCUUGGUCCAGUGCAUAAUUCUCAAAUGUUUCCUUCUCUGCCACCACCACCUCCUCCGGAAGUACAUACUCAAGCAACCUCUUCAUCAUCCACGAUGCCUUCGACACUUUUUCCUGUCCCAAGUAGCACUCCAGCUACCACGUCAUUUCCACCCAAUACUCAAGCAUUUUCUGAACAUCAUCCUUUGCCACAAUCCAGUUGCUACAACGAGGCACCCGUUCAUAUUUCUACUGAGUUUGCUACCGAGGGAUUACCAUUCAUUCAUCAAGCACCACCAAAGCAAUAUCUGGAAGGAGGGCAAGCAUUUUCGCUGAACAAUUCUCUUAAGGAUAAACCAACAGUUAUUGAUGCCCGUCAGUUGUUUAAGCAGCCACAUUGUGCCUCUCGUCCUGAUCAUAUUGUUGUCAUCCUUCGAGGGCUUCCAGGUAGUGGAAAAAGCUACUUGGCAAAGGCAUUACGCGAUCUUGAAGUUGAAAAUGGAGGGAAUGCACCGAGAAUUCAUGCAAUGGAUGAUUAUUUCAUGAUUGAAGUUGAAAAGAAGAUUGAAGACCAUGAAGUGUCUAAAUCCUCUAGUUCACAUAGAGGCAAGAAACAGAUCACUAAGAAAGUGAUCGAGUAUUGUUAUGAGCCCGAAAUGGAGGAGACAUAUCGGUCGAGCAUGUUGAAGGCUUUUAAGAAGACCCUUGAUGAAGGGAUUUUCACCUUUGUAAUUGUGGAUGACCGCAAUCUGCGGGUAGCUGAUUUUGCUCAGUUUUGGGCAGUUGCAAAGAGGUCGGGUUAUGAAGUUUAUCUGCUGGAAGCUCCAUACAAGGAUCCAAUGGGUUGUGCUGCUAGGAAUGUGCAUGGCUUCCAUGUAGAUGAUAUACAAAAGAUGGCAGCGCAAUGGGAAGAAGCUCCAUCAUUGUACCUGCAAUUGGACAUUCAGUCAUUAUUCCAUGGGGAUGAUCUGAACGAGCACUCUAUACAAGAGGUGGACAUGGAUAUGGAUGAUUCAGACUGCGCUGAUGAAGCACCAAAAUUGCUGGAUAAGGAAGAUCUUAAGCUGACAGAUCCAAAAUCAUUGGGUAAUGCACCUGAUGAUGGUUUAUCAAAGGUUGGAGAGAGAUGGGACUCUGAAGAAGAAGAAGAGCCGUUAGGAGUCAAAGAGCUAGAAAGGAGUAAAUGGUCAAGAGAUUUGGAUGAGGACAUUGAAAACUCAGAGGGCGCAGGAAAAAAUUCGAAUGCUCUUUCUGGACUGAUUCAAGCAUACAGCAAGAGUGAAAAAUCCGUUCAUUGGGGAGAUCAGGCCGAUAGGACUGGAUUUUCUAUUGCUGCUGCCAAGAAACGAGCCUCCUCAUCAUUAAUAAUUGGUCCAGGCUCUGGUUACAAUUUGGAGUCCAACCCAUUAGUUGAUAAAGAGGAUGCUGUAGAGAAUACUGGGAGGGGCAACAUCAACGAGUCCAGGAAGAGAUUUCAUGAGCAACUUCGUGCUGAAAGGGAGUCCUUCAAGGCAGUUUUUGACAGAAGGCGUCAGCGCAUCGGGGGCCUCUAUGAUGUUGAGGAUGAAUAGCAGUAUUUCUGUUUGCUACCCAUUAAGCAGGGCAGUCUGGUUCCUGACCUCGGAUCUCUCGUGAUCAUGCUGCUGAUCUUUUACUGGUCUAAAGGCAGGACACCCCACCUAUAGGGGAAGCAUGAUGGGCUCAAAAUGCUGAGAAGAAAGCAUUUUUGACAGGGAAAAAGAAAAGUCUACCACAAUUUUCUGUAUGUUGGCUUUUUGUGUUUUAUAAUUUAUUCAACUGUGUUUAUGCUGGAUUGAUUCCAACAAGACACAUUCUAUUCAGAGUAGAACCACCAUCCCAAAACCCCGUUUGAAGUGAGAGAUCGGGUGGUCAUUAUUGAUCAGAACUAUCAUUGUGCUGAAUGUGUUGAAUUUUCAAUUCUUGCACCAAGGGGGAAUGCAUUACCACCUCGUGUUUAUUUCUAUGACAGGAGAUGAAAAUUGAAAGAAGAGUUUGAUUUUGUAACAAGGGAAUGAUAAUUGAAAGGACAAUAUGAAGCAGGGAUUCAGCAUUUGUAAUGCACCAUUUAAUAUUUUCGUUGUUCUAUUUAUAAAUCUUGGUUAUUUUUAGAUAUA